AAACAAAUGGUAUUUUAGCUUAAAACGAAAAACUUUUAAUGUUCUCCCGAAACAAUAGUUUGUAAAACAAUUGUUGUUGAGAAACGAAAGUAGUUUAAUGUUCCUGUGUUUUCUUCUUCUUCUUCUUCUUCUUUUUUCUCAAAUGCGUUUAUUUAAAAGAAAUUCAUCCAAGUAAAUCACUAAACCUAAAGCAAAAACAAAGAAUGUCGGAGAAUGUGGAUACAAAUCUUUUAAUAAAUUGUACGAUAUUAUCAGUUAAACGUUUUCACUUAUAUUCGCUAAUUAAUGCAAGUCGAUUACGAGAAAUAAAUCAUACGGACACCUUUAGCUUGUUGUCGCAUAUCAUUGAAAACAGGGACAAUUUAGAGAAUUUUAACGAUGCCAGAGAUUUCCUUACCGAAUGUUUAUUUCCUUCACCGACUCGACCGUAUGAAUUGCCCUGGGAACAGAAAACAAUGUGGGCCAUUGUUUUCGGUAUUAUGUUGUUGGUGGCCAUAACAGGAAAUUGCAUUGUCCUCUGGAUAGUCACAGGCCAUCGCAGUAUGCGUACAGUUACUAACUAUUUCUUAUUGAAUCUCAGCAUAGCCGAUUUGCUGAUGUCAAGUUUGAAUUGCAUUUUUAAUUUCAUUUUUAUGCUAAACUCUGACUGGCCAUUCGGUGCUUUUUACUGUACUGUUAAUAAUUUUAUGGCAAAUGUUACAGUAUCAACGUCAGUAUUUACGCUGGUAGCGAUUUCUUUUGAUCGUUACAUAGCGAUAGUGCAUCCGUUAAAACGUCGCACCUCGCGCCGUAAAGUGAGAUUCAUUUUAAUUUUAAUUUGGUUUUUUAGUGCUGCCUUGUCGUCACCAUGUCUCUUUUAUUCGAGUACCAUGACCAAAAGAUAUUACAACGGAAAAUCUCGUACAGUUUGCUAUAUGCUAUGGCCGGAUGGAAGAUAUCCCACCUCUAUGUCUGACUAUGUUUACAAUAUCAUCAUCUUAAUUAUAACCUAUGGAAUACCAAUGAUAGUUAUGUUGAUUUGUUAUACAUUGAUGGGUCGUGUCUUAUGGGGCAGCCGAUCGAUAGGCGAAACAACCGAUAGACAAUUGGAAUCAAUCAAAUCGAAACGUAAAGUUGUUCGUAUGUUUAUAGCGAUAGUUGCAAUAUUUGCAAUAUGUUGGCUGCCUUAUCAUAUGUUCUUCAUUUAUGCCUAUCACAAUAAUCGCAUGACAUCAACUAAAUAUGUGCAACAUAUGUACUUGGCAUUCUAUUGGCUGGCAAUGUCGAAUGCUAUGGUAAAUCCUGUUAUCUAUUACUGGAUGAAUAAAAGGUUUCGUUUAUAUUUCCAAAAAGCAAUUUGUUGUUUUUGUUUAAACUCGAAUAAGAUUAAAAUCGAUUCACCGCACAGUCGUAUGAUGAACUAUAAUAAAAAUAGUUCACAACGUUUUACGAAAACCGAUAAUAAAUUAUUGUGGAAACGUAGUACCAUCGAAACGCAAAUACAGGUCGUCAAUAACACAGCAGCUUCGCUGCGUGAGAAGCAUAAGCUAGAACAAAAACAGCAACGCCAGCAGCAACAUCAACAACAACAAUAUCAAUCAUCAGUCAGUCAUGGAGAUAAUAGCUCAUUUAAACGGGUAAUUAUUGAUAACACUGCAACGACCAAUAAGGCACCAACACAAUUACAAACAGAUGCACCGUUGUGUCUAACACUACAAAGCAAUGGCAAACAACAACGUGUUAAAAUCACUUAUAUAACUUGUGAUGAAGACAAUAACCCCCUAGAGGUGACAUAAAGUGUUGCCGACAUUUUAUUAAUAGCGCAAAUUAGUUCAUUAUUGUUAUUGUAGCAUAGAUUACAUGAAUAUUUCUAAACAUUAGAAGAAAGUUGCUUUGACACAAUUUGCGACAU